AUGAGUACAGGAGCAGGAACCGGAACGACCAAAGGUGGUAGAGGAAAGCCCAAGGCCACCAAAUCCGUCACUCGUUCUUCUAAAGCCGGACUUCAAUUCCCCGUCGGAAGAAUCGCCAGAUUCCUCAAAGCCGGUAAAUACGCAGAACGUGUCGGUGCCGGAGCUCCGGUCUAUCUCUCCGCCGUUCUCGAGUACCUCGCCGCUGAGGUUUUGGAGCUUGCUGGAAAUGCAGCGAGGGAUAACAAGAAGACACGUAUAGUACCGAGGCACAUUCAGCUUGCAGUGAGAAACGAUGAAGAACUGAGUAAGCUUCUGGGAAGUGUGACGAUUGCUAAUGGUGGAGUUUUGCCAAACAUUCAUCAGAUUCUCUUACCUUCGAAGGUUGGGAAGAACAAAGGAGAUAUUGGAUCUGCUUCUCAGGAGUUUUAA